AUGGAAGUUUGGGAAGAGGAACCUGAAGCUAUAAGGGCCGAUAUUAGCCAACUAAAAGAUCAAGUCGGUCAAAUCUUGGAGGCUUUGAAAACCAUGAAGAGUGUUGGAGAGACUUCGUCUAUAAAGGCCGACGAUAAUGCUCACCCUCCAGUACAUAACCCUGUAGGCACACAAUUCACGUUUCCAAUGUAUGGUUUGCCACCAGGUUACACACCGUCGAUCGGAGAUCAUUCAGAGGCAGAGCACACUUCUUUGGCAUUUCCCAUAAUAAAUAACGUACUUCCCAUUAGUACUCAAGGGCUUAUCCUCACGACAGAGACGAAGAUGAAUGAAACAUCCAAGUCUCCUCACACAGUUGUUGCAUAUGAUGUUUCGACUAAGGCCACCAUACACACGGGCACAGAAGAAGAGAAAAGUAAACUUGAAGUACUGGAAGACAGGCUAAAGGCCAUAAAAGGGUUUGAAAGUUACGGGUUUGAUGACGUGGCAAAGUUGAGUUUGGCCUCAGGAGUGACAAUUCCACACAAGUUCAAGGUGCCAGAAUUUGAGAAGUGCAAGGGUAACACAUGCCCCAAGAACCACUUGACCAUGUAUUGCCGAAAAAUGGCUGCUUACGCUCAUGACGAAAAAUUACUUAUCCAUUUCUUUCAAGACAGCUUGGCCAAAGUAGCGUUGAGUUAG